AUGUCGUCCCGACCAGAACUCAAGGUCGAUGAUGAGGGUGGCUUCAUCCACACCUUUCGUUCCUUACCUCCCAAGCCAGAUGGUAGCAACACUAUUCGCGUCUUCGAUCGAACCGACUGGUACUCGGCACACGGAGAAGAUGCGGAAUUCAUCGCCCGAACAGUCUAUAAGACGACCGCGGUCAUCAGGAAUCUCGGUCGCAGCGACAACGCCUUGGCCAGUGUGACAAUGUCGACCACGGUUUUCCGAAAUCUCCUUCGAGAAGCACUCUUCAAACUUGGGAAGAGAGUAGAAAUCUGGGAGGCAAGUGGGAAGGGCCAAUGGAAACUGGUGCGUCAGGCCAGCCCAGGAAAUUUGCAGGCGGUCGAGGAAGAGUUGGGUACCGGCUUGGACAGUCAAGGCGAUAGUGCACCCAUCAUUCUCGCUGUCAAGGUCAGCGCCAAAGCCAGCGAGGCAAGAAAUGUGGGCGUCUGUUUUGCCGACGCGAGUGCCAGAGAACUUGGUGUCAGCGAAUUUCCGGACAACGACCUUUACUCCAACUUCGAGAGUCUCCUCAUUCAGCUCGGCGCCAAAGAGUGUGUCGUGGCCAGUGAUGGCCAGAAAAAGGAUGUUGAGCUCGCCAAGAUACGACAAAUUGCGGAGUCGUGUGGCAUUGCCAUCUCUGAGAGAUCUGCGGCCGACUUUGGAACCAGAGACAUCGAGCAAGAUCUGGCACGACUUCUCAAAGGGGAGAACGCCAUCGGACUGCUGCCUCAGACAGAUCUCAAGCUCGCAAUGGGCAGUGCCGCUGCUCUGGUCAAAUACUUGGGCGUGCUGACAGAUCCGAGCAACUUUGGUCAAUUCCAGCUGUACCAGCAUGAUUUAAGCCAGUUCAUGAAAUUGGAUGCUGCUGCGCUCAGAGCUCUCAAUCUGAUGCCGGGCCCAAGGGAUGGGUCGAAAAGUAUGAGCCUAUUUGGUCUCCUUAACCAUUGCAAGACUCCUAUAGGAGGUCGAUUACUGGCCCAAUGGCUCAAGCAACCCCUGAUGAGCCUGUCGGAGAUCGAGAAGAGACAGCACCUGGUGGAGGCUUUCGUGACCGACACAGAACUCCGCCAAACCAUGCAAGAAGAGCAUCUUCGCUCGAUACCGGAUCUUUAUCGUCUAGCUAAGAAGUUCCAGCGCAAACUGGCCAAUCUAGAGGACGUGGUCCGUGCCUAUCAGGUUGUCAUCCGGCUGCCUGGCUUCAUUGAAGCCUUGGAAACUGUCGUCGACGAGCGGUAUCAAAUCCCGCUGGAGGAACAAUACACGUCCAAGUUGAAAGACUUAUCCAGCUUUCUGGGUAAAUUGGCUGAAAUGGUUGAAACGACGGUCGACCUGGAUGCUCUGGACCGACACGAAUUCAUCAUUAAGCCAGAAUUUGACGACCAUCUCCGGGUGAUCCGAGCUAAGCUCGACAAGGUCAAACACGACAUGGACGUUGAGCAUCGUCGCGCCGGAAAAGACCUCAACCAGGACUUGGACAAGAAGCUUUUCCUGGAGAAUCACAGAGUGCACGGGUACUGCUUCAGACUCACCCGCAAUGAAGCGAGUUGUAUCCGAAACAAACACCACUAUCAGGAGAUUUCAACCCAAAAGAAUGGUGUCUAUUUCACGACACAGACACUCCAAGCGUUGAGGCGCGAGCACGACCAGCUAUCGAGCUCUUACAAUCGAAAACAGUCCUCCCUCGUGUCUGAAGUCGUUUCGGUCGCUGCGUCAUACACUCCAAUUAUCGAGCAACUGGCUGCCAUUAUAUCUCACCUUGACGUGGUGGUCAGCCUGGCUCACGUCUCUGUGCAUGCCCCUACUGCGUACGUGCGCCCAAAGAUGCAUGAACGUGGAACGGGAGACACGAUUUUGAAAGAAGCUCGUCACCCGUGCAUGGAAGCCCAAGACGACGUCAAUUUCAUCACGAAUGAUGUCGAACUAAAACGAGACCGUUCGCGAUUUUUGAUCAUUACCGGGCCCAAUAUGGGAGGCAAGUCCACUUACAUUCGGACCAUCGGGUGCAUUGCGUUGAUGGCUCAAAUUGGCUGUUUCGUACCAUGCACCGAAGCCGAGUUGACAAUUUUUGACUGUAUCCUUGCUCGUGUCGGAGCUUCCGACUCACAACUCAAAGGGGUUUCCACGUUCAUGGCUGAAAUGCUGGAAACCGCCAACAUCUUGAAGAGUGCCACCAGAGAUUCCUUGAUCAUCAUUGACGAGCUCGGUCGAGGCACAAGCACCUACGACGGAUUCGGUCUGGCCUGGGCCAUUAGCGAAGAGAUCGUGGCUCAGAUUGGUGCAUUUGGCUGUUUUGCCACCCAUUUCCACGAAUUGACGGCACUGGCAGAUAAAUUCCCCAAUGCCGUCAAAAAUCUCCACGUGGUGGCUUUUGUUGGUGACCAGAAAGAUGCCAUGACCAACGGCGACAGCGACGGACCGAACAAACGGAGAGAAGUCACGCUGCUAUACCGAGUCGAACCUGGUGUCAGCGACCAAAGCUUCGGGAUUCAUGUGGCUGAACUCGUGAGAUUUCCGGAGAAAGUGAUCAACAUGGCCCGGCGAAAAGCCGAAGAAUUGGAAGAUUUCACCAGCGUGAUAGGUGACGAAAAGAAACACGAAUACUCCAAGGAGGACGCAGAAGAGGGCAGCAUAUUAUUGAAAGAAAUGUUGAAAAAAUGGAAAGAACAGGUGGAAGGUCAGAACUUUACCAAAGAGGAGAAGCUUAGGUUGAUGAGGGACAUGGUCAAGAGUGACGAGAGGUUGGUGAAUAACCGAUUUUUCCAAACCGUUCAGGCAUUGUAA